AUGGCUGCGACAAGGCGCUCUGCACGUCUCAGCACUAUCGCCGCGACAAAGGUAGAAUCACCAGCCAAGCCUACGUCAGAAAGCAGUGGCCGGAAGCGCAAAGCAGCCAGUGUUCACGAUGAACAACAGGCGCCAUCCACGCCCCCAAGGAAGCGUGCGCAAGCAAAACCUGCAACUCCCGCAGCUCCACCGCCAAUGACACCGACGCCAGCUGCUGCCGGAGCAUUUGCUGAGCCUAUAAGCUCUACCAAGAAGCCUCGUAGUGCAACGGUGACACGACUUGCAAACCCCAAGCUGACAAAUGCAACGCUUCUUUCACCAGAGUCAUCAAGGCUGAUUGCCUCACGGGAUAUUGAGACCGUCUCGCCUAGCAAGGCGCCCCAGGUCAAAACGACUACAGAGAACUUGCUGAAAGAAGCAUGCGACCAUCUCAUCAAAGUCGAUGCUCGCAUGAAGCCUUUGGUAGAGAACCACCACUGCCGAGUGUUUUCACCAGAGGGUCUGGCAGAGAAGAUCGAUCCAUUUGAGAACCUGUCGAGCGGAAUAAUCAGCCAGCAGGUAUCAGGGGCAGCAGCGAAGUCCAUCAAGGCCAAGUUCCUCACCUUGUUCGAGGAGCAACCAGGCGUACGAUUCCCGCAUCCAUCUCAAGUGACUGCCAAAUCGAUCGAGGAGCUUCGCACAGCAGGACUAUCACAACGCAAAGCCGAGUACAUCAAAGGUCUUGCAGAGAAGUUCGCCAAUGGGGAGCUGAGCGCUCAAAUGCUUCAUGAUGCUUCGGAUGAGGAGGUCAUGGAAAAGUUGAUCGCCGUGAGGGGUCUCGGCAAGUGGUCUGUCGAAAUGUUUGCAUGCUUCGGGCUCAAACGAAUGGAUGUUUUCUCGCUCGGUGAUCUAGGCGUGCAGAGAGGCAUGGCUGCAUUCGUCGGGCGGGACAUCGCCAAGCUCAAAUCCAAGGGCGGCAAAUUCAAGUACAUGUCAGAACAGGAUAUGACCGAGCUGUCGGAUAAGUUCUCGCCAUAUCGAAGUCUCUUCAUGUGGUACAUGUGGCGAGUGGAAGAGACAGACAUCAGUACGAUGGAAUAA